CUUUACCUGCCCCCAGCUGUUUGCAAAAAGUAGCGCAACAAAUGUCUAAUUAUUGUACAUUAAACUUUUGAUGGAUUACUUGUAGCUGCAACAUUACCGUCGUAACUCUCAUUACUCACCAGAAAUGAGGAAAUUUAAAAACAAAGUCUUUGGCUUAAAGUACACAAAUUAACUCAGGUUUCAUCAGUACGAGAGCAAAAGUGCUCAAACAAAUGUAUACUUUACUUGUUACGUGGCGAACCCUUGUCACUUAAACAGCUACACGUUUUGCCAUGUCGAAGGUACUAGAACACGCGUCCAUCGGCCUUUCGAAGAACGACGGCCACGUGGUGGCAAUCAAGGCAGCUGCGUGUUUGAAAUCUACUGUAAAGCCCAUCUCCCCUGGCGCGCGAAUUGUGUGUGGGACGGUCCGAUUGUUAUGUUGUAGACGGCUACAAUUUCAACGCAAUGAAACAUUUUCGUCCAAAUGAAGCACAUUUUAAGGAAAACGGAAAAGUGAUGCAGUGUGAGUGAUGCGAGCUUUAUAUCAUUCUCUGAGUUUUAAUUAUGUGGUGUCAAAAAAGUGAAGGUUUGUGGCACGACCCGGCCUUGUUACAUAGCUCCACUUGUCGCAGGGUAUGUAAAGGCAAAUCGUUGAUAAUAUUUCACCAUGUAUUUGCAUUUAAUAGAUUAGACUUAUAUCAAUGUUGCAGUAGAGAAAACAGAUGGUCAGUGGUACAACGAUAAUAUGCUCCAUGACUUGGAUGGGUUGUGCAGACAUUGGUACACAGUAAAAUGACGAGAAACGUAAUGAUCCUGAGUAAGUGGGCAUGAAGGAGAUUCUAAGAUGCAUUGUAUAUCCACCGUCACGACUGUGACAGCAACGUCUUCCAUGCCUACUCCAUCACACCGCUUAUAGCACAGCAAAUCAAGUAGUAUUCGUACUUAGACGAACUUUUGUGGCUUAAAUUUGUGAAAAUCGAUAUUUACCUAUUUAGUCAAUUUCAUAGUAACCCUCCGGAGAAUCUCAUCAUUCAACAAUUUGUCAGCAACCGCGCAGAUCGUCUUCGAAGAAACUACCUAAAUCAAAUCAU